AUGGACGCCGACCAGAUCUCGAAGCCGAAGAGAAAACGUGCAGGAUGCAUCGGAUGCAGAUUACGGCGCAAGAAAUGCACCGAUGAGAAGCCUCACUGCGCGAACUGCCUCAGAAAUGGUCUUCUGUGCACUUGGCCGGAGCCGGGGAACACAAAGCACGCCGAGCUCUUGAGGAGAACGAAUCCGACGCAUCGGAAGGUCAAAUCUGCAGAACCCUUUUCGAAAACGGCAGUAUCUACUCCAUCAGAUAUGAACACACCAUCUCCGCAUCUUCCCGAAGACUCGACAGACUCUAUCAUGGAGCUGCUCCGCCUGGUUCCGCGUCCAUUAGAUCCGCAAAUGCUCAUGGGCAAUCUACGGCUUCCGAAUUCGAAGAGGCUGUUCUAUCACUACCUUCACCGUACGAACAAGGCCAUAGCCAUCUGCCAAGGGACGAGGAACCCGUUUGUUGCCGACUUGAUCCCCAUGGCCAUGUCGAGCGACCUGAUCCUCGACAGUCUACUUGCGUGCAGUGGCAUCCACUACGCUGACCUUGCCGGCAGUCCUGUUGAGCAAACAACGUGGCUACAUUAUGGGCAAGCAAUACAGGGCCAAAAGUUUGGCUUAACGCGUCUGGCCGAGGGACAAGAUCAACUUCUAGUUCCUCUCCUGGUCACAGCGAUGCUUCUCUGCAUAGUCGAGACCUUUCGUGCAGAUUCAGGUGCCUUUGCGCUUCAUCACCUUAGAGCCGCCAGCGUGCUGCUGAAAAAGGUGCUCAAGCUUUCAGACGGCCAACUUGGCGAAGCGACGAGGGCAUUUCUGGUUGAGCGAUAUGCUUACACUAUGACCCUCGCGCACAUAACUAUGGGGCCCGAGUCAGAUGAGUGGGUUAUCGACGAUUCAGCAUUGUUAUUCCCGGCAAUACCAACCUCACCGAGUUCUGGGUGUGUCCAUGAACUUUUCCAACUCAUCCCGAAGGUAUCCAUCGUAGCUCGGCAGUGGAUCGCCGAGAGCCAAAGCGGUGUCGUCUCCGAUGACACGAUAAUUGAGCACGAAAGACUACAAUUCGCCGUGUCAUCGUGGCUCCCUGGCUCAGAUGAUGAGAUCCACUGCCUCUGUGGUAUGCUAUACCAACAGGCCCUGAUGGUGUUCCUGGCUGCAUCGUCAGCGUCUGAGGUGGAAACAUAUUCAGGGUACUCUGUCCAGGUACAAGAUUCCUUUGACAACUUCAUCCCACUCCUCGAGUCAAUACCACCGGAUUCGCCUAUUUCAACAACGCUUUGUUGGCCACUGGCCAUCUUCGGGUCCUGCGCACGAACGAUGGAACAUCGCAGGGCCAUUAGUGGGAGAUUAGACGUGUUGUCUAACGCGUACUCGGCACAGAGCGUGAGGGACACGAAGAAACUAUUAGAGAAGCUAUGGCUGGAGAAUGAUUCGAAGCUAGCAAACCCGUUGAGCCUGGAGCGUAUGAUGAAGGAGGAAGGGACAACAGUCCUGUUUUUGUAA